AACAACAAUCAAGGCGCCAAUUUUGCUUAUAAUAUUCUCGUUAAAAUUCGAUUAUAUUUGUUUAAUAUGAUUUUAUUUGUGUUAAAAAUAAACAGCUAAAUAUCAAUAUUUUAUAACAAUUCUAAGAUUAGAUAUUUUUUAUUUAACGGUGGUCUUAAUCAUUGUUGUUUUAUAAUGCUUGAACAGUGAUGUCCAAAAUUAUUGAGAUAGUUGCUGGAGUUGAUGAAAAAAGCAACCCAUCCCUCGAUAAUGAUUUCGUAAUUAAAAAUAGUAAACGUGUACUUAAGCCUAGAGAAAAUAUUUUGAAGCACAAAUGCAAUAAAGAAUUAAAGAAGAAACUUAAAAAGUACAAACUUAGAAGAAAUAAUCAUGAAGACCCAGAUAUUUUAGAUGUUUCACAAAACUUAAUUACUUCAUUAAAAAUUAAAUCUCCAAACAGUGAUAUUAACACAAAUAGCAAUAAAAAUAUAAGCGAAACGUAUAAACCUAAAAAUUAUUUACUAAAAAUGGUGAGAACUAAAAAAACGAAUAAAGAAGCUAAGAAAAAUCUUAAAGAUAAGGAGGAACACUUACUGAAUUCAAUUCAGAAAGGAGAUGUAGAAAUCCUGCCUUUUGAGGAUAUUGAGAAUGAAAGUAAAAAACAAAUGAAUGCUUUCAAAGUAUUGAUGGAUUCUAGAAACAAGGUCAUUGGUAGUAACUCUCCAGGAAAGAGUAAAACACCCACAAGCAUAGAACUAGAUGAAAUAACCACACAAAGAGAAAUUAAGGCAAAAAGAAUUCUGUCACUGGACAAAAUGGCUGAAGCGAAAGGAUCACUAAAAAAAAAGGAAAUUGAGGAAUAUAGAGACAGGUUUGUUGUGCAGAAAAUGUUGAAAAGGGCUGAACUGUUGAAAAAUAUGAUAACAAGCCCGGACAAACAAAAAACUGUACCAACUUCUGACUCCAAACCUGCAAAUAACAAGUCACAAAACAAAACAAAUGAGAGAGAAAAGAAAAAUGUUAUAGAGAAAUCAAAAAAGACACUACAAUUAUGUGAUUUAUUUAAUGAGCCAACAGAAAAGAUAACACAUGGUAAUGUACAUAAUAAUAUUGCUCAAGAAGAUAUUGAAUUUUUAAAUAAAUUGUCACCAUCAAUAAAGAAAAAAGAAAAUAUGUUGAGUUAUUUUAAGAAGGUAUCAAAGGAUUCUGAUUCAUCUUUAGAGUUGUCUGAUAAGAGCUCCCCUGGUGACAAUAAACAUGUUAUAAAAGUGAAAUUUACCCCAAAAAGAAAGAAAAAAACGAAAACGAUGAAAUCAUCUGAAAAUGUACUAAAUUCAGAUAAUUUGACAAAUAGUUUAGAUGACACAAAGGACUCGAAUAAAGCACAAGUUGAAAAUUCUGAAAGCAGAAAAAGAAAAAGAAAUAUUGGUAAAGCUGAAAGCAAAGAAGACAGUUCCACACCAAUACCAUCAAAUGUUAUAGAUUGCACUGAGAGUGAUAAUAGGCCCAAAAGAAAUAUUAAAAAACCUAUUAAAUAUAGUGAUGAUAUAGAUUUGUUUAGUUCUGAUGAAGAAUUACAUAUUUUUACACCAAAGAAAAAGAAGAAUAUUGGGAAAUUACCUGUAAAUAGCACCGAGGAUAAAAAACCUAAAAAUGAAAUCAAUUUAUGUGAUGUCGAAAAAAAAAAGAUGAAAAAAGAUAGAACAAAAUCUUCAAAAUCAACAAGAAAACAACAUGGAGCCCAGAACAUAUUAAAGGACAGGAAAUUAGAUAAAAAGGUGAAACUUUCAACUGAAAAUUCUUUAAAAAAUUUGAAGGGUGAUAGUAAACCAACGAAACUUGCUCCGAUAUUUGUCGCCAAACCACAACUCUCUCCUGCAGCUAUAGAGGCAAAACAGAAUUUUCUGAAAAGUGGUGUCCCUGAGAAAUUGAAAAAACAUGCACUAUCACAGCCCAAUGUUGUUGUUACUGAAUAUUUUCAACCUGUUGUUCAUGUACAACAAAUUCCAAUAUGCACUAAAGAAAUUUAUAACGAAUUUGAUUUCUAUGAUACAAACCUAAUUGAUGGUCAUUUACCUGUUGUGGGCGACUGUCUGUUAAAAUCAUUCCUUGAAAAUGUUCCAUCCAAUAUAUUAAAUGUACCAAAUGUAAGACAUAAACCUAUAAAAUUAUUGAAGUGCCUUAAGAAUGCAUUUCCUAAAUUUCCUGUUUAUCGGACAUAUCAUUUGCUUAAAGGCAAAAGCAAGGGAGAGGUUAAGGACUGCAGCUAUCCAGAAAUGGACAAUAGUAUUGAAGUUAUAGAUGGUCUUACAGAUAUAAGUAAUGAUAACCCUGAUAAAUUGAAUUGGUGUGAAAAAUAUAAACCCUCAUCUUCAAAGCAAAUUUUAGGUAAUUUUGAGACUAUAAAGGAGUUAAAGAGAUGGCUUGAAACAUGGACUGAAAGUUUGAUAAGAUCUAAAAACUUUAAGAACAAUGAUUCUGAUUCAUCUGACUUCUAUCAUUCAGACACUGACACUAAAGAUGGGCCAAAGAAUAUCAAUAACUUGCUUAUAUUGAACGGUGUUACAGGAUCAGGGAAAACCAGCAGUGUAUAUGCUGUAGCUGCUGAGUUAGCUAUUAAAGUUAUUGAGGUCAAUGCGAGUAGAAAGAGAACAGGUAAAAUUAUGCUACAAGAUUUGCAAGAAGCCACACAAUCUCAUAAAGUCAAUAGAGGUAAAACUGCUAUUGAAAAUUCUCAAAAACAGCAGGAAAUUGUAGUGACCGUCAAAAAACGGGGUAGAUCCAAAAGAGGAUUAGAUGAUACAAAAAGUUCGUCACAAUCCAGUGAAAAUGUUACACAGACAAGCCAAAGUCAGGAAACUUACACUGACAUGUCUCUCAUAUUGAUUGAUGAUGCUGACAUUGUUUUUGAUCAAGAUGAUGGGUUCUGUUCUGCUUUAUCACAGCUAAUCCAAAGCUCAAAGAGGCCAGUUAUAUUAGUGACUUCAUCGUUAACUUGCCCUCAUUUACAGAAGUUUUUGAUGAAUGGGAAGAUAUUACACAUGCAUCCAUUCGUCCCUAGAAUACUCGGUACUUGGCUAGAUAUCAUGUGUUUGGCGGAUGUCGGAUUUUGUUUUGGGGGCUUAGGUGCUAGAAUUUUGGAUUUUUACAAAGGGGAUAUUAGAAAAACAAUUAAUUGCUUACAAUUUUACAUGAAUUCUAAUAAACAUGUCCAUGUUGAUGAAGUAGCACUGUCCCAAAUAAAAUUAAAUAUUGAUGAUGAAACCUCAAGCACGUCUUGGGCUGAUAUCGAAGUUUCAGAAGACGUCUCACUUUGUGACGAAAAUACACAUAUGUAUAUUGAUAAACAAGUUGAAAUGCUCGGAAACAAAAAGAUCGACCCAUUUAACUUUUGGUGGAGCUUACCAAAGUACUAUAACACAGAUAAUAAAUUAAAAAAUAAACCAACCUCUGAAUGUUUAGAAGACAUUUCAAAAAUAUUAGAUGCUAUAUCUAUAUCCGAUAUAUUUGAUAGAAAUGACCAAACAGAAAAACAGUGUAAUUUGCUAAGCAACUUUUGGUUGUGCCGUGAAAAUCCAAGUGUACUCGAGAAUGAGAGCUACAAUGAUUAUAAUAAAUCACAUAAUUUUUUUAAUGAAAUAACUCAAGAACUAAUGAAUAUAACAACUUCUAAAGCACAGAAAAUUUUCAAUAGUGACAGAAGACUGUGUAUAAGCCAGCCAAAUAUGAUGGUAGAAAGGCAAAGAGACAGAUUAGUGUGCAGACAUAAAAAAAUAUCAAGUUUCUUGCACCCAUCGGUGAUAUUAGAUCGUAGAUCAGUUACUUUGGAUUACUGGUCCACUUGCAGAACAAUAUGUUGUCAUGAAAAGAACAAAACUGAUUCUGUUUCAAAGAGAAACAAUCGCUUCUUCCACUACCUUAAGUCUAUAAACUUUCUUUGCAAUACUGAACUCUUUAAUAAUCUUGCUGAUAGCUUAAGUUAGUACUUAAUUUCUGCACUGUCUAAAUUUAGUGAAUUCCUUCAUAGAAUAAUUUUUAAUUUUUUUAUAUUAUGUUUAGUACAUUGUAUUUUUUAUUAGUUUUGUAAUAUAAAAACAUAAUCAGUUAUUUAUUUUAGUUUACUGUUAUAAGCCUUUUCAUUGAUUAUUGAAGUAUUUUAUAUAUUUUUUAUUUAAGUAAAAUUAGUUACACAAACAACUGUACGAUCAAGUUAUGAAAUUAAUAAAGUAAAAAACACAUACAUAUAUAUUUUGAAAUAGAUUUGACAUGAGCAUUAUGAUUUCAUAUUGAUAUUUGUGAGUAAAAGAAGAAAUAAAGCGUUUAUUACAAAAUGUUU